AUGUUGACUGCCCGCCUCUCCAGACCCCUCUCCCAGCUUCCAGGAAAAGCUCUGAGCUUCCGAGAUAGAGAAAAUGGAGUGAGACACACACUGCUGUCUCCCUCCAUCUCUUUUGCUUCAAUAAAUCGUCGAACUUACGCUGAUCCAGUGAGUCCGGUUGGCAGCAAGGCUGUCCUGAUCACAGGCUGUGACUCAGGAUUUGGGUUCAGCUUGGCCAAUCAUCUGCAUUCACAAGGCUUCCUGGUGUUUGCUGGCUGCUUGCUGAAGAACAAAGGGGACAGUGGGGCCCAGAAGCUGGACAGCUUGAAGAGUGACCACUUGAGAACCGUUCAGCUCAAUGUCUGCAAAAGUGAGGAGGUGGAGGAAGUGGUGGAGACCGUCCGCGCAAGCUUGAAGAACCCUGAGAAAGGGCUGUGGGGCCUGGUGAACAACGCAGGCAUCUCCACCUUUGGGGAGGUGGAGUUCACCAGCAUGGAGACCUACAAAGAGGUGGCAGAAGUGAACCUUUGGGGGACAGUGAGGACCACAAAGUCCUUCCUCCCCCUCAUCCGAAGGGCCAAAGGCCGGGUCGUCAACAUCAGCAGUAUGCUUGGCCGCAUGGCCAACCCCGCCCGCUCGCCGUACUGCAUCACCAAGUUCGCUGUGGAGGCCUUUUCUGACUGCCUGCGCUACGAGAUGCACCCCCUGGGCGUGAAGGUCAGCGUGGUGGAGCCGGGCAACUUCAUCGCCGGCACCAGCCUCUACAGCCCCGAGCGCAUCCAGGCCAUCGCCAAGAAGAUGUGGGAAGACCUGCCAGAGGUGGUGCGCAGCGACUACGGCAAGGAGUACUUCGACCAGAAGAUAGCCAAGAUGGAGACCUACUGCAACAGCGGCUCCACUGACACCACCCCCGUCAUCGAAGCUGUGACUCACGCGCUCACGGCCACCACCCCCUACACUCGCUACCACCCCAUGGACUACUACUGGUGGCUGCGGAUGCAGAUCAUGACCCACUUGCCUGCAGCUGUCUCUGACAGGAUCUAUAUCCACUGA